GAUGAUUGUGUUUUAAUUUUGAUGUUAGGCACCGCGAAGUGACUGACCUAUGAGAUGGCGCAGAAUGGAAGACGUUGUGACUUGAGGCGCACCGCGAUGAGCAAAGUGCUCAACGGAAACUUGCUAGAGCCCUCUUUGUCGCGUGAACAAAGGCGGAAAGAACAAGAGGCGCGUCAGAGUAUCGUCCUCUGGGCAAAACCAAUUCUUACCUUGCAGUAUUUCUUCCUGGAAACUUUAGCAAAUUUGAAAGACUGGACCAUAAAACUGUGGCAUCGCCGAAGGAUAGUGGUGUCCCUCCUACUGCUGCUUGCCAUUCUUACAUCUACGUAUUAUAUCGAGGGAGCACAUCAACGGUAUGUGCAGUUUAUGGAAAAAAAGCUUUUAUGGUGCGCCUAUUGGGCCGGGUUAGGCAUCCUGUCCUCGGUGGGGCUUGGAACUGGUCUUCACACCUUUCUGCUCUACUUGGGCCCACAUAUAGCAUCGGUGACACUCGCGGCUUACGAAUGUAACUCGGUGAAUUUUCCCGAGCCACCCUACCCGGACCAGAUUAUCUGCCCCGACAAAGGAGUAGAAGGAUCUAUUUCGUUAUGGACCAUCAUGUCCAAAGUCAGGCUGGAAGCCUGCAUGUGGGGUGCUGGAACAGCCAUUGGGGAGCUCCCCCCGUACUUCAUGGCCAGGGCAGCCCGACUGUCCGGAGCCGAGCCAGACGAUGAGGAGUACCAGGAAUUUGAGGAGAUGCUAGAACAUGCACAAAGCUCACAGGACUUUGCCUCUCGGGCAAAACUGGCCAUCCAGAACUUGGUGCAGAAAGUCGGAUUUUUCGGCAUCCUGGCAUGCGCUUCCAUUCCCAAUCCUCUGUUCGACUUGGCCGGGAUAACAUGCGGACAUUUUCUGGUUCCCUUCUGGACAUUCUUUGGAGCCACCUUGAUUGGAAAAGCAAUCAUCAAAAUGCAUAUCCAGAAACUUUUUGUGAUCAUCACCUUCAGCAGACACAUAGUGGAACAGAUGGUCUCCUUAAUUGGCUCCGUGCCCGGCAUCGGGGCAUCACUGCAAAAACCUUUUCAAGAACAUUUGGAAGCUCAGCGGAUCAAGCUGCACAGCAGAGCCAACGAGACCCCACAGGGUGAAAACUGGCUCUCCUGGACGUUUGAGAAAUUGGUUAUAAUUAUGGUGUGCUAUUUUGUCUUGUCCAUUAUUAACUCCAUGGCCCAAAGUUACGACAAGCGUCUCCAGCAACGCACGAACUCCGAGAGGAAAGCGAAAUGAGCUGGAUCAGGAGAGGGAGGGAUGGAUGGAUUUCCCCCCCCAACUUCCACUGGAAUAACCAGCCUUGCAUUUAAUAAUAAUCAUCAUCAUCAUUUGCAAAGGAGGGACAGGGUUAUGAAGGGGUGGGGGGGCGGGUAAGGGUGGUCUCUUUGGUUUAAUUAACUCUCCCAUUAGUCAUGGUUCCCACGGGCCACCAUCUCUACGUUAAAGGUAACGGAUGCACCCUUGUUUCAAUGUAAAUUAAUUAAUUUGUUUUAACAUAGGUGCUUUCCUCCCCUUCCAAAUUCACUCCAUGGCUGGGUUAGGGUUGGGGUGGGGUUUUUUCCCCCUCCCCUCUUGCUUUCCCCCCCCCCCUCAUUUUUAAAGAAAAGAUCCCGGCCUUCCAGAACUUUUUAGGGCUACUGUCCAUCCAUGACAUUUAAAGUUCAGGUGUCUCCCCGAUGGGUGCAAACCAUCUUCAUCUAUAACCUGACUGAUCUUAAGAUUUACUAGCAGCGGGCGUGACCCUUCUGACGAACAUCUGGAAAUUCCCCCAUGUCCGUGUUCACGGAAAGGGUGGGGAGAGCUCUUCAUUUUUCUUUUUCCUUGGGCCUGUUUAGAAGGGCAUUAAAUCAACACCCUCUCAGAUCAUUCCAGACUUCCCCGUUUGGGUCUUUUAAAACUGUCCUCAGUUCUUCCCCUUUUUUUUUUUUUUUUGUGUGUCUGUGUGUUCCGGUUAAAUCCUCCCCUCCCCUCCCUAUUUUUUAUUUUAGUUCCUUUGCACAAUCUUUCAACAACCCUCACCCCGUUGUGGACGAAUGCUUGCUCUGAUCCUUUGAGAGUUCUCGCUUCUUGGAUUUUCCCCCCGAGAACUCUUUGCUCAGAUCAAGGAACUAGACAGGGUGGGAUUUUUUUUUUUUAAUUUCUUUUUCGACGCUGUUCAGCUAUUUUUAUUUAUUUAACUGACCCGGUAGCCCCGAUACCUGGAGUUAUCCUUGUGUUGGAUUUUACAAAAAAUGGUUAACUCUCGCAGUGUUUCCAGAGCGCUGUGAAAUGCCACCAGGAAGUUGGUUUGUAAGGUGCAGGAAAGGUUAACUGGAAUAAACAACAUGCAAAGAUAGCUUCACGGUGCCUCUUUUUGUUAAAAAGUGGGUGGGGGGGGAGGAGGAGGAAAGGCUUUGGUUAUAAAACAGUUCCUUUGCUUCGUUUUGAGUGCUUGCACCUCAGGAAGUUUGGAGAGGACGGCCUGCAUCUAAAGGACCACCAAUUCAAAGGAGGACACUUCCUGUGUUCCUGAAAAGGAGGUGAUCUUCAUUUCCAAAGAUGGUUGGGCCUGUUUGGGUAUCUGGGUUCCUGAUGCAUGGAGAAAGAUUCCUGGCAGGGUGAUGUGGGGCGACGCCUCCUUUUUAUCGGCGUCGUAACUUUCCCCUCCUGUCUUUAAGACAAGUCACCUGCUCUAACGUGUAGAACAUGUGAAGAACCUCUUGUUUGCUGAAGAACAUCUUCAGAGGUUUGGCGGGACAGAAAUGGACCUGACGGUAGUGCCUGGUAGAAGUUCCAUUUUUCUUUCUAAGGGGGUUCUUAGCUUUGGCUCAUCAGAAGUCAGUUGAUUUUUGCUCUCACCCAAUUCUAUUUUACGUUGCCUUAUGCGUGGUCAUCAGACCAGUUGGGUUUCUGGCAGAUUGUCCCCUGUUUUGUUCAAGCGAGUAGUAUGUCUCCCAUCUUCUCCCACUUGUGUGCCCCUCCCCCACCCUCCCAUCUGCCUUCCUGUCUAGCAUUGUGACACCUCCUUGGCGCGUACCUUUCUGUCGGAUAGCUUAUCAGACUGAUGUUGACUGUUGGAUGUCAUGGCAACAACAGUCGGUAGGCUGUCUGACAUUUUGGUAUCUUUCAUCUCGACUGUGUCCAUCCAUCCAUCCAUCCAUCCAUCAUCUCCAACCUGUUUGUCCAGCCUGCGGGGGCUGCCUUGACAUUUUUUUUUAAAAAAAGAAGUGGACAUCCUUGGAUAUCUCAAACCCUCGUGUGCCCUUCGGGUUGGACGUCUUGAGAUACAUUGGGAGCUAUGUCACUCGAGGUCUUUUCGGCAGGUAUGUUUCCAGAGGGCGAAAGACGGUGGGGAUGGAAUAAGAUGUCCUCAGACACGGUUGAGCAGGAAAAAAAGGACGUCCAGUAAUAUUUAGGGGCUGGAGGAGACAUUUGUCAGUAAAUUAAAUCCAGAUUCCUUCAAACUUCUCUCAGCUAUGCAAAAUGGUGCUUGGGACCUUCUCACUUCCUCUAUCUACCCUUUGCAAGAUUUCCUGAGCAAUGCAUGGUCUUCCAGAGGAAACCAUAGAAAAGGGAAAAAAAGAGUUUCACAGCAUUUCAUAGUCAUCCAUCUUGGCUUGAGAAUUCAGGCAGGUUUGAGAAGGAAAGCAGUUUUUCUGCACCGGAAGGAUUUUCAUGCAAGUCAGCUCUACACUCUAGUACAGGGGUCUCCAACCUUGGCAACUUUAAGCCUGGCGGACUUCAACUCCUAGAAUUCCUGGCUGGGGAAUUCUGGGAGUUGAAGUCCGCCUGGCUUAAAGUCACCAAGGUUGGAGACCCCAGGUCUAGUAAACCCCUGGAAGAAUUUCAGUCCUCCAGCUUUUGAUCUGGCCUUCCCAUAGAACAGUGUUUCUCAACCUUGGCAGCUUGAAGAUGGGUGGACUUCAACUCCCAGAAUUCCCCAGCCAGCCAGGGAAGAAUUCUGGGAGUUGAAGUCCACCCUCUUCAGUUUGAGACUACAUUACCGUAAGCUCUUCAGCCUACAAACCCACAAUAUCAGUACAGGUAGUCCUCAUCUUACAACCACAAUUGAGCCCAAAACUCCCCAUUGCUAAGCGAGACAGUUGUUAAGUGAGUUUGGCCCCCAUUUGAUGACCUUUCUCAUCACCGUUGUUAAAUGAAUCGCUGCCGCUGUUAAAUUAGUCACCACGGUUGUUAAAUGAAUCCGGCUUCCCUGUUGACUUUGGCUUUUUAGAAGGUCGCAAAAGGGGAUCACAGGACCUCAAGACACGGCAACCGUCAUAAAUAUGAGACAGUUUGCCAAGUGUCUAAAUUUUGAUCACAGGGGAUGGGGAUACUACAGUGGUUGUGUCAUAAAUCCUUUUGUUCAGUGCCAUUGUAACGUCCAGUGGUCACUAAAUGAAUGGUUGUAAGUUGAGGACUAACCUGUAUAUGUUAAAAGUAGCCAUGGAUCUUCUGUGUUUCCUACUCAGCCAAAACCCAACAGUCUUUUGAAGAAUUGUGCAUACACAAUUGUAAAAAAUAGGAUGUAAAAGUAGGAAACAACACUUGAAUCCACGGUAUAAGUACAUGUCAUACUCCCCAAAUUUAAAACUUCUUCCAUUCUCAAGUUUGCUCACUCUUUCUUUAAUCUGCCUGGAUUGCCUUGAGCCGUCAGUUUCUGACAUAUUUUCAUUUUUUUGUUAAAUGCCGAAGUAUCUGUGGCCUAUAAAAGAUUUUUCAUUAAAGGCCAAGUAGCAGAAUACUUAACCGAAUAGACACUGGAAGUUCGGAAAUGGUUUGCAUUUUCUUCCAGACUGCUUAUUAAUUGCUGAAAGUAAAUGUUUACCACCCUGAUUUAUGGUCCUGGAAAUGCCAUGCUGGCUGUGGAUGAUGGAGAUUGUGGAGAGCAGAGGGUGUUGGGUAAGAAUUGUACAGCACAAGCCAAUACCAUCUUGGAACAAAACCACAUGAAGCUGUGGCUGAAGGGAAGAGGAAUAACUAAUAAUUUUUAUUAUUUAUUAUUUAUUAUCCAUCUUCGUUUUCCCAAUUUUAUCAACCUGCACCCCCAUACUUUAAAAAGUACAGAAGUGAUGAUUUAGAGUACCGCCGUCUUUAAAAAACAAUUCACUUUAAUCAACCUUGGAACAAUUCGAUGUUUGUGGGUAGCUAAAUCUGUAUUUAUAGAAAUAGUUUUCCCUGUGAGUGUUGGGGUUUUACUGCUUUUCUAUGCUGGUCGAUGUGCCUCUUUCCAAUUAAAUGAGCCAGAAUACACGGGAUGAAGAAGUAGAAUGCUUCUGGGUGACUCAGCAAAAAUGUAGAGGAUCUGUAGAACUUUAUCAUCAUGCAAAUAAAAAAUGCCUUUGCUGGUGGAUCAAAUAAAACGAAAUAAAUUGCA